AUGUUCGCGGUCGCGCGCGCGUCGACGUCGACGGUGCCCGCGCGCGCGCGUUCACGUCGCGCGCCGCGGCGUCGAACGAUCGCGGCGACGCACGAGGACGAUGCGAAUGAGCGCGCGCGGUUGGAGCGCGGCGACGCGUUCGGUGAACUCGUCGCGCUCGCGGCGAAGAACGGGGUCGUCGUGGACGACGCGCGACGGGAACGGGCGCGAGAGGUGGCGUCGGCGAUGUGUGGACCCGUCGUCGACGCGACGGUGGAGAGUGAGAGGACGAUAAAGGGGCUGCCGGCGGGACUGAAGAAACCGCCGUGGUUGCGGCAGCGCGCGCCGAGCGGAGCGCGAUUCGAGUAUCUCAGCGCGUCGCUCGGAGGAUUGAAGCUGAACACAGUGUGUGAGGAGGCGAUGUGUCCGAACGUCGGUGAGUGCUGGAACGGGGACACGGGGACGGCGACGGUGAUGUUGUUGGGGGACACGUGCACGCGCGGGUGUCGAUUUUGCGCGGUGAAUACGGCGCAGAAGCCGCCACCUCCGGAUGAGGAUGAGCCGGAGAAUACCGCGCACGCGAUCGCGGAGUGGGGCGUGGGAUACAUCGUUCUCACGAGCGUCGAUCGAGACGAUAUUCCCGACGGCGGGAGCGAGCACUUUGCCCGAACGGUUCGCACGCUGAAACGGAUAAAGAGCUCGGUGCUCGUCGAGGCGCUGACGCCGGACUUUCAGGGAGACAUGGACGCCGUCGCGCACUUGGCUCGGUCGGGACUGGACGUGUUCGCGCACAACGUGGAGACAGUGGAGCGAUUGCAAAAGCGCGUUCGCGAUCCUCGCGCCGGAUACGAGCAGUCGCUCUCCGUGCUUCGUCACGCCAAGGAGUCCAAGGAGGGACUCGUCACGAAGACGUCCAUCAUGCUCGGUCUCGGUGAGACAGAUGACGAGAUUAAGGAGUGCAUGCGCGCGUGUAAGGAGGCGGGCGUGGACAUCUUCACCCUCGGCCAAUAUUUGCAACCGACGUCCAACCAUCUCCCGGUUUCAGAGUUCGUCACUCCGGAGAAGUUUGAUUAUUGGAAAAAGUUUGGCGAGGAAGAGAUCGGAUUCCGAUACGUCGCCUCUGGACCGCUCGUGCGGAGCUCGUACAAGGCUGGUGAAUUUUUCAUCGAGAGCAUGCUGCGCAAAGACGCCCUCGAACGCGAUCAAACGUAG